GAAACCUAGAGAACCGUAUUAAUUACUUCAAACUCUCUCUCUCUCUCUCUCUCUCUCACUGCUUUAAAACCUCUCUCUUUCUCUCCCUCUUCUCUCUCUUCAAGCUCUGUCACUGAUUACCAUGGCGGCCACCAAUUUUUCUCCCGUUUCUUCCUCUUUCUCAAAACCCACUCCUCUCGCUCGAAACCUACCCAAUACUCAUCUAUCUCUCCCUUCCAAAACCCUCCCAAAACCGUACUUUUCCCAAUACCCCACCUCCUCUCACCACCACAAAGCCUCUCUCGCGGCCUCAUCCAAAAACCCUAUCUCCGACUUUUUCCCCUCAAAUAAACCAUACCCAGAUGACCAUUCUGUGGAUUUCGAUGAUGACGAUAAGCCACGCGAAGAGUGCGGUGUCGUUGGCAUAUUUGGCGACCCAGAGGCCGCUCGGCUCAGCUACUUGGCUCUCCACGCGCUCCAGCACCGUGGCCAGGAAGGUGCCGGCAUCGUCGCGGUGGAUAACGACGUGCUUCAUUCCGUUACUGGGGUGGGACUAGUCUCCGACGUGUUCAACGAGUCGAAACUCGAUCAGUUGCCUGGAGAUUUGGCUAUCGGGCACGUACGGUACUCGACGGCCGGUUCGUCUAUGCUCAAGAACGUGCAGCCCUUUGUUGCAGGGUACAGGUUUGGCUCUGUUGGGGUUGCCCACAAUGGUAAUUUGGUGAAUUAUCGUACUCUUCGUGCUAAUCUCGAAGACACUGGUUCAAUUUUUAAUACUAGCUCUGAUACUGAGGUUGUGCUUCAUCUUAUUGCUAUUUCAAAAGCGAGGCCUUUUGUUAUGAGGAUUGUUGACGCGUGUGAGAAGCUUGAGGGGGCUUAUUCAAUGGUCUUUUUGACCAAUGAUAAGCUGGUUGCGGUGCGAGACCCUUAUGGGUUUAGGCCUUUGGUUAUGGGAAGGAGGAGCAACGGUGCUGUGGUGUUUGCCUCUGAGACUUGUGCACUUGAUUUGAUUGAAGCCACAUAUGAGAGGGAGGUCUUUCCUGGUGAAGUUGUGGUGGUUGACAAAACUGGUAUUUACUCACUCUGCCUAAUGCCUCAUCCUGAACCAAAGCAAUGUAUCUUUGAGCAUAUAUACUUCGCUUUGCCCAAUUCGAUUAUUUUCGGGCGGUCUGUGUAUGAUUCUCGCCGUAAGUUUGGUGAGAUACUUGCAACUGAAUCCCCAGUUGACUGUGAUGUUGUGAUAGCAGUGCCGGAUUCCGGGGUAGUGGCUGCACUUGGUUACGCUGCAAAAGCUGGAGUGCCAUUUCAGCAAGGUUUGAUAAGGUCACACUAUGUUGGGAGGACUUUCAUUGAACCAUCACAGAAGAUAAGGGACUUUGGUGUGAAGCUUAAGUUGUCACCUGUGCGAGCAGUGUUGGAGGGGAAGAGGGUUGUGGUUGUGGAUGACUCAAUUGUGAGGGGAACAACUUCCUCAAAGAUUGUUAGGUUGAUAAAGGAGUCAGGGGCUAAGGAAGUUCACAUGAGAAUUGCAAGCCCACCAAUUAUCGGGUCUUGCUAUUAUGGAGUGGAUACACCUAGCUCGGAGGAGUUGAUUUCCAAUAGGAUGAGUGUGGAGGAGAUUAGGGAGUAUAUUGGGUCAGAUUCGCUUGCUUUUCUGCCAAUUGGUAGCUUGACCAAGUUGUUGGGUGAUGAUUCUCCCAAUUUUUGUUAUGCUUGCUUCUCUGGGAAGUAUCCUGUUGAGCCGACAGAGGUUAAGGUGAAAAGGGUUGGUGAUUUUGUCGAUGAUGGAAUAACUGGGAGUCUAGAAUCCAUUGAUGGGGGUUGGGUUAAAGCAACACCAAAAUCAGAAUUGGAAUCCAUUGAUGGGGGUUGGGUUCAAGCAAAACCAAAAUCAGAAUUGGAGGUUGGCAGUGCCUAAUGGCUGCUAUCAUUGACGGUUUUGUUCGUCGCAAUUUGUCGGCUUUACAGUAUAGAUGCUUUUUGUGAUCCCAAGUGCAGGAUAUAGGGCUAUCAGAUAUGAGAUGUGGUGAGUGAUAGAUGUCUUCACUGAAUCUCCAAUUAUAGUAUUAUGCGCUUCCUCAAAUGAAUUUGGAUUCUUAAAGCCAAGGCUUGUACAAUUUUGUUAGUCGUACUUUCAGUUUUGCAUCUGACUUUUAUCUUGGUUUUGAUUUCUUGAUGAUAGACAAUGUUCUAUGACCUUACUAGAUUUAUCUUGACAUGGUUUUGUUAUAAAAGGUUAAAUCUUCUGUA